GGGAGCUCGUCCAGCCCCGCGCUCCGCUCGCCCUCCCGCCCGCCGCCCGCGCUCGCCCCGCCACCGCCCGCUCCCGAGCCGGCCCCGCCGCUCUGCGUCCCGGUCAUUCAUAGAUCAACACAGAAGCUGAGAAGGCAAACUCUUUGUUCUUCUACAAUGUCCUACAGACGAGAGCUAGAGAAAUACCGUGACCUGGAUGAGGAUGAGAUCCUGGGAGCCCUCACCGAGGAGGAGCUCAGGACACUGGAAAAUGAGCUGGAUGAGCUGGACCCUGAUAAUGCUCUGCUGCCUGCAGGCCUGAGGCAGAAGGACCAGACCACCAAGGCGCCCACAGGCCCCUUUAAGAGAGAGGAGCUCUUGGAUCACUUGGAAAAGCAAGCAAAGGAGUUUAAGGACCGAGAAGACCUGGUCCCCUACACGGGGGAGAAACGAGGAAAGAUCUGGGUCCCCAAGCAGAAGCCAAUAGAUCCUGUGCUAGAAACUGUGACACUGGAGCCAGAGCUGGAGGAGGCCUUAGCAAAUGCCUCAGAUGCAGAACUCUGUGACAUUGCAGCUAUCUUGGGCAUGCACACACUCAUGAGCAAUCAGCAGUACUACCAGGCCUUGGGCAGCAGCUCCAUCGUGAACAAGGAGGGACUCAACAGUGUGAUUAAACCUACACAAUACAAGCCUGUGCCUGAUGAAGAACCAAACUCAACAGAUGUAGAGGAAACGCUAGAGCGGAUAAAGAACAAUGACCCAGCACUUGAAGAAGUUAACCUCAAUAAUAUCCGGAAUAUUCCCAUACCCACCCUCAAGGCAUAUGCAGAAGCCCUGAAAGAAAACUCCUAUGUGAAAAAGUUCAGCAUCGUUGGGACCCGAAGCAAUGACCCUGUGGCAUUUGCCCUUGCUGAAAUGCUCAAGGUGAACAAGGUAUUGAAGACACUGAACGUGGAGUCCAACUUCAUUUCCGGAGCUGGGAUCCUGCGUCUGGUGGAAGCUCUUCCACACAACACUUCUCUGGUGGAACUGAAAAUCGAUAACCAGAGCCAGCCCCUGGGCAACAAAGUAGAAAUGGAGAUCGUGAGCAUGUUGGAGAAAAAUGCAACACUUCUUAAAUUUGGCUACCACUUUACCCAGCAGGGGCCCCGGCUUCGGGCGUCCAAUGCCAUGAUGAACAACAACGACCUUGUGAGGAAGAGGAGGCUUGCAGAUCUGACGGGGCCCAUCAUUCCCAAGUGCCGCAGCGGUGUCUAGUGUGCGGAGGUGACACCCACGCCUUUGAACUGGACAUGUUCUACUGACAAUGUGUGCUCCGCAGUGGAAACCAGGAGGCAAAAUGCUGGCACAAAACUCGUUUGUGGUUCAGUUCCUUAUGCACUAAGGUUUUAGGUUAACUAGUGGUUGUAGUUGACAAUUUUAUAAAAUAUGGUUAAUGUGAACUUUUUCUUUAGCCACAGAAGUUCAGUCUGGUUAUUAUUUAAAAACUAAGAAGCCCUCAAACUGGCAGAUCUUAACUGCAGAUGACAUGACAGUUGCAAUGACUUAACCCCAGGGGCCCGGAUCAGUGGCCUUGCUGUAUGGUGUUUCAGGUAUAUUCGCAACAUGGACACAUAAACACAGAACACUCUUCCUCCUGGUUUGAACUAUUACAAAAUGCUUUAUUACAAAUUUGAUCUUAGCUAUUCAGCAAAAAGAACAGAUAAUCUU